CAGCGACCGCUGGAUUCCUCCUCUCUCAUCUCUGGAAAAUACGGAUUGAUUCAAACAAAACGAGCUCAGUGAACAGCCUGGAGGCCUGUAGUCUGUCUGUCCGUCCCACAGUACACAGGACACACCGUCCCACACACACGUGUAACUCAUUGAGCUGACUGCCCCCUGACAGCACAGCGGUUUCCGUCAGGAGGAAAUGAUGGAGAAGGAAAGUUUUCUGGUCUGACGCCUCUUCUCCGUUUUCUGUUGCUCGCAGGAGAAAACUGGAGGUCAUUUCUCGCUUUUGCUUUACUUUGGUUUGCUCGUCAUCAUCAUAACGCACAGAUACUGUAAAUCUGAACAAUCUGUAUAUGGAUUUGGGAUUAAAAGGGUCUCCGACACUGAAAUGUCUGAGGAUUGGAAAUGCAGCUCCACGCCUGCCUGUUGCUUCUUAUUAUCACAACAGAUAAAACACUGGCCUUACUGCACCACCACUGUGGAGGAAAUGUCAGCCUGGACAAAGAGCCUUCUGGUCACAUCAACCUCACUUUACCUGGACUUUCUACUGACGCCAACAACACACUCAACUCCGUGAUUUGCACUUGGACGAUAGGUGUUCCUCUGGGUCGGACGGUUCUUUUAAAGCCAGUAUGGUUGGAGGGUGGUUCGAGCGUAUCAGUGCGCUGUGUUUUGAACGAGGAAGGUCAGAAGGUCCUGGAGAGCGGGGGGACGGUUCUGCUGUCCCGCUGUGAUGGAAACAAAGCCACCUUCACUUGGACAGGAGCAGGACGCUCCUCAAAUGAAGUUCAGCUGUUCUAUUAUGUCCAGGAAGAUGAGAGGAAUUCCUCGGCGGACCACACCAGCCCACAUUCAGACCUCUCACGUUGGUCUCAGACAGGAACCAGCUUUACAAGCACAGCUCCUGUUGGUCAAGAGGUGUCGAGUGGGACAGAAGGGGGCAGAGGUCGCCUCUACAAGGGUCUGGAGAGGAGUUCAGGGACUCAGUCUGCGUCUAGUCCCUCCUCUCAGGACCAGGGGCUGCUGCGCCCCACCUCACCCCUGCAGGGACUCACUGUGGCUGGGACAGCCGAUAGCGAAACUCUCCCUCUUCCUGAGGAAGAGCCAAACAAUGGAGCGGAUACAUCUGGAGCUGCUCACCUCGCUGAUGGCAAAAUGUCUGCCGAAGAGAGAACACGCCCGUAUUUUCAGCAAACGCUCAGCACAGACGCACUAUUUCACACAGAAAUAACAUCAAGCAACGAGCUCCCGCAAACCCACAUGGCGCUGACACAAGCAGCAGCCAGUAGCUCCAACACCUUGCUUGGCACAGACAAAUAUACAGCCACUCAGAAAUCUAAACUAUCCAUAACCACACAAGCUCAACCCAGCUCCAGCUCUUCUCCCCUUGAGCUUCCUUCCCGGACAACCUGGGAGAGUGGCACCAUCCUAAUCCCACGUGGUGGAGCUGUUAGUGGGGCACCUGGAAAGAAAGUACCCCCUUCCUGGAGGAGCCAGCGAAGCACAGACUCUGAUCUGACCUCUGCCGUCACCUCUGAUCCUUUAAAAGCAGCUACCGAACCCCAGCAGGAUGGGUCAAGCAGCGCACACACUGAUGCUGAACCCACUGCGCCAUCAUCAUCCUCAUCAUCAUCCUCAUCAUCAUCAUCAUCAUCAUCAUCAUCAUCAGCCUCACAGGGCCCCAGCGAGACUUAUUUAUCAACCACCCACAUCACAGUGGAGGCUGCUUCAUUUCAUCCAAACAUUAGUCAAACUGACUCAUCUGUAUCAGCUGCAUCAGAUGUUACCAGUCAAACUCCUGAGUCCUCCGAUAAAUUUGAAAACACGGAGACGCUUCACACGUCUUUCGCUUCUUCCACACAGAGUCAAACAAACACGCCGCAAAGCACAAACUCGCCACCUCCCGACACAUCCUCCCAAGAAGAGACACAAACGGCAACACACAGACAUUUUGCGAACACCAUCUCCUCCUCGCCUGAUGUCACCGAAGUUGAUGACCAGACAUUGAGUUUCACGGGUUCUUCUUCUACACCCAGAGCGGCUCUGACGUUGGGAGAUGUAGUCCAGGACUCGUCUCCCACAGGAACCACUACUGACACCGAAACGUACACACCGCGUCCCACUUACACACUCUUACAUGACAACUCACCCUCACCGACUCCUGUUCCUCUUCUGUCAUCCAGUACAUCCUCACACUCAUCCACACCGUCACUCCAAACACAUUUAACUAACACACCCCUGCCUUUGACCUCCACUACCACUGAAUCCGCCACACCCCUCAUCGACCACAAAAUCACGCCUACACCCUCACAAACGUCAACAAUCAAAUCAGCAUCUUCCCCCACACCUCAUACACAGAACCCUCUGCCUUUGCCAUCUUCUACUAAUGUCCCAGUAACAAAGAAACAGACCCACGACUAUGUUACUACUGCACAGACGUCUCUAAUCUCACUCACAACUGCAAAACCAGAUUAUGGACAUGGAGAUAGAGAAGUAGAAGAAAUAGAUGAUGAGUCUUGGCAGUGGUUUCCCAGCAGCACAACUACACAGUCUCCCACAGCUGGAGCUCCGACAUGGACAACUUCGCACAAGACACUCACACCGUCUGUUUUAACCUCCACUUGGAGCUCCACGACUACUCAGACACCCAAGUUCUACGUCGUGCCAGACCAACCAGCCGCCAUCAGAGAAGAGAGAGUUGAGCUGCUGCUGCAGAUCAUUGUAGAAGAGUCCAGGUCGGCUUCUUCUUCUGGUUUGGAGGAAGACACCGCUGCCUGGGUGGAGCCGUACCUUCAGAAGGCUCCGGGGUUCAGCAGGCUGCUGGGAGUCUGGAGCAGUGGCCAUGCAGUGCAGAGUCUGGUGGAGUUUAAAACCAGCGGGGCUCUGCAGUGGCUCAGCAUGACUGGACCCACAUCACUGUUGGAACGAACGGGACUAGCUCAGGCUGUUUGUGACGGGAGGAGCUUCAGAUCAUCCAAGAUCACCAACAUCACACUGGGAGGUCUGCAGGGUGAUGUGUGUGACUGGUUACUACAGUGUCCAGCAGGAUACAAGUGUGUGUUCCAGCCUGGCUCUUCAAACUAUAGCUGUUCUUCUGUCUGCCACUUUGACUACUGCCACCACCACGGUAUCUGUACUCAUCACCCGGGCACUCUUCCUGUUUGCCGCUGCCUGGUAGGAGAGGACUUCUGGUACAUGGGUCAGAGGUGUGACGUGAGGAUGACUCGAGCGCGGCUCGUGGGCGCAUGUCUUGCCAUCUUACUCAUCAUGGUGACAGUGAUUGGCGUUUUGGCCCUCGUGGCAGUGCGACGCUACCGAGCCAUUCUGAUCCAGGCCAAAGUAGAUCAGACUCGGAGCAGCUAUCGCAGGUUCAACCAUUUUGAUGAGCUGUCAGGACGGUUCUGGUUGCGUUCGUGGGCCGGAUCAGCAGACUCACUAGAUAAUCCCGCCUUUACACGCUCUGAUGAGUUACUGCACCUGCGGGCGCUCGACCGUCCCUGCUGUUACCACGACGACACGCUGUCGCUGGCCUCCACCUGCCCCAGCCACGGGACACGCAUCAAUACAAUCUACCCUCACAGCUCUCAGUACGGUUGGAGGGGAAGCGAGAUGAGCAUGGGGGAUGGUGUGUUGGACUCGGGUAAAGCCAGUGACCUCUCUGUCUGUAGCUGGCCUGUGGAACCCAUUCAGUGGACUCCUUUUCCACUUCUGCAGCAACUGGCUUCCCACAGGACGCCCACAGUGAGGGUGUCGAGGCCACGGUCCUACUGUGAAGGCAUGGAGCUGGUGGACCUGGGGAAGAGCUGGACUGCUUGAUACACAUAAAGAAGAAUCAACACUGGAUAAUUGACACUGGUAUUUGCAGCUCAUGUUUUCAUUGUAGUCCUCAAAUGUUCUUGUUUUGUUGAUAAAAAAACUAUAAAACAAUAAGUGUAAAUGUGUAUAUAAGUGUAUAUUUUUGUAAGAUUGUUGCUACAUUUUCCAGUUUGAAUCUACAAUCUGUUUCUUAUAAGCUCCCUCUGAUGAGAUGUAAAGAAAUGUCUAUGGUGCAGAGUCUUACGUAAUGCUUCAAUAAACAUAAAUCUUACUCAGGGCAAGAA